GCCCAAGUAAGGAACCCGCACAACAGCUGCGGCGGUGUUGGCGGCGGCGGCGGGGUCAGGCGUGGCUUCGGGGAGCUCGGGCCGCCGUGAGCACCUAGCACCAUGAUGAGUGUACAGUAGGGUUGAAUGACUCUUAGUUGGAAAAGAGGACAUCGAGCAGAGAAUACUUGAAAAAUCAGGCAUUCAAUUAAGCAAAAGAAGCAAGAUAAAGUAAAAAUGGCAGUCUCCCAAGAAGAUACGUGUAAUCACAUGAAAGUGGUUGUUCGUGUGCGGCCUGAAAAUCAGAAAGAAAAAGCUCUUGGCUUUUAUAAGGUGGUUCAUGUUGUAGAUGAGCACUUACUGGUUUUUGAUCCAAAAGAGGAAGAAGACAGCUUCUUUCAUGGGAAGAAAACUAUGAAUCGAGAUAUUACAAAAAGAAAAAGAAAGGAUCUGAAGUUUGUGUUUGAUGCUGUUCUUGAUGAAAAUUCCACUCAGGCUCAAGUUUUUGAAAAUACUAUCAAGCCUGUGCUUGAUGGUUUUUUAAACGGAUAUAAUUGCACAGUGCUUGCAUAUGGUGCAACUGGAGCUGGAAAAACACACACAAUGCUAGGAUCACCUGAAGAGCCUGGAGUUAUGUAUCUAACAAUGUCAGACCUUUAUAAAUCCAUGGACCAAAUUAAAGAUGAGAAAGUUUGUAGUAUUGCAGUUUCUUACUUAGAGGUAUACAAUGAACAAAUUCGAGACCUCCUAACAAAUUCAGGACCACUGGCUGUCCGUGAAGAUGCCCAAAGAGGGGUAGUAGUUCAGGGAUUAACAUUACAUGAGCCUAAAACCUCCCAGGAAAUUUUACAGUUGUUGGAUGAUGGAAACAAGAACAGGACCCAACAUCCCACUGAUGUAAAUGCUACCUCCUCUCGUUCUCAUGCUGUUUUUCAGAUUUACUUAAAACAACAAGACAGAACAGCAAGCAUAAAUCAAAAUGUCUGUAUGGCCAAAAUGUGUCUCAUUGACCUGGCGGGAUCUGAACGUGCCAGUGCCACAAACACCAGAGGAACCCGUUUUCGGGAGGGUGCAAACAUCAAUCAAUCACUUUUGGCCCUUGGAAAUGUCAUCAAUGCCUUAGCAGAUGGGAAGAGAAAAAAUCAGCAUAUUCCUUACAGAAAUAGCAAGCUAACUCGCUUGUUAAAGGAUUCCCUCGGAGGAAACUGUCAAACUAUCAUGAUAGCUGCUGUUAGUCCUUCUUCUAUGUUCUAUGAUGACACGUAUAACACUCUCAAGUAUGCCAACCGUGCAAAAGACAUUAAAUCUUCUUUGAAGAGUAAUGUUGUUAAUCUGGAUAAUCAUAUAACACAGUAUGUCAAGAUUUGUAAUGAGCAAAAGAAAGAGAUUAUGAUGUUAAAAGAAAAAUUGAAAGCCUAUGAAGAUGAGAAAUUCAUCACACAUGAAAAUAGUAAAGGAAGCCUCAAGCUUUCCAACCAAGAGGAAACAGAACUACAAAGGUUUCGAGGGAUUUUAAAUCGUUUGUUCCAGAACCGUGAAGAAAUCAGACAAGAAUAUCUGAAUUUGGAAAUGCUGAUUAAGGAAAAUGAACUAAAAACAUUCUACCAGCAACAGUACCACAAGCAAAUAGAAAUGAUGUGCUGUGAAGAGAAAGUUGAAAAGGCCACUUGCAAGCGGGAUCAUAGACUUGGAAUGCUCCAAACUCGUCGCUUUCACCUAGGGAAGAAAAGAGAAGAAGAAAUUAAACAAUUUCAUGAAAAUACUAAUUGGCUUCAUCAGGUUGAAAAUGAGAUAUGUGCCCUGAGCAAAAAUGGCCCUGUUUCAAAGGAACUCAGUAAAGAUAUCCACAACUACCACUUGAAGUUUGAGAUAAAAGAUUUGAAAACACAAAUCAAACAUGUGAUGAAUCUUGCCUCUUUUCAAGAACAACAACAUAAACAGACAGAGAAUCUGCUGAACACUUUGCUCCCGGUCCUAAGAAAACAAUAUGAGGCAUUAAAAGAAGCUGGGCUGGCAAAUUCUGAUUUUGAAUCUGAUUUCAAAGAAAUUGAGCAUCUAGUGGAGAGAAAGAAAACAGUAGUUUGGGCAGACCAAACGCUUGAAGACUCAAAGGAAGAUGACCUUCCAGAGAUUGCUACUCUGAUGGCCUUUUCAGAACCAGAACCAGGCCAAUCCAUUCCAAGCUGUAAUUCUUCUCCAGGAACUAAUCAACAGAAAACUCCUUCACAAAAAAGAACCCGAAGGAAAUUAAUCCAGUCUCCCUUGAUGACCAACCAUUCCAGAGGACCUGAACUGUCUAGUAAAACUCAGCUCAAUGAUUCUUUCACACAGGAACUUCAAGCAAUUAUAUAUACACCAGAAAAUUGUAAAAAAUCCAUUCAAAAUCCCAGUUUACAGUCAUAUGGAACCAGUUUUCAGGAAAUCAACAGUUUGAAUAUAAACAGUAGUCCCUUUCAUGCCCCCUUUUCAAAAGGUUGUGUACCUCUUGACAGAAGGAUAGAGUGUGUGAAAGAGAAUUUAGAGUCUACAUUUAUUAUCCAUGAAGAUACUAAUGGCACAAAUACCAUAUUAUCAAAAAAGGAAUUACUACCAAAUGGAAAUGAUAACGUUUUACCAAGGCUUAGCCUCCCUUCAUUGUUGACUAAAUCACCUCUCCAUGCAACAAAUGAAAUACCUUCCUACAUGGCAAUGACGGCCGCUGCCAAGAGGAAACGGAAGUUAACAAGUCCUGCAUCCAGCAAUUUGUUAAGGACCAUACAGGAUCCUGUAGCUACUAAACGUGUUCGAAAGGAUAUUUCCAGUCAGGAAUAUUCAAGAAUAAACAGACCAGCAAAGGCACACAAAAGAAGUAGCCAUGAACUAAAUCAAGGCGUGCAGAGAAAAUUUGGGAGAAGUAUUUCAGAAGGAAACAUGACAUUCAGUUCAAAAUCAAAGUCAUCCACUUUUACCAAGCCUAAUUUUCUAAAAUAUUUUCCUAAGAAGAACUAAAGUGUGCCUUUUGUGUGUCUUUCUAGGUACUUUUGAAGAAGCUUUUGAAAAUAGACUUUGUAGGUUUCCCUGAACCCAUAAAACAUCCUAGAAUAGAAGGAAAAAAUUCCCCUUUCCCUUUCAUGUGUUCUUUUAAAUAAAAUGUAAAUUUCAGCAGAAAAAAUUAGAUGUAAAUUUUUGAUACUUUUAACAUGUUUUGAUAGCCCAU